GAUAGGUCAGCCGAUUUUACACGUCAUCGAUGGAUGAAGACCGGCGGCACGGCACGCGGUUGUUCAACUUUAUUCUCACUUGCGAGCGUGCCUUCGUCAGCGGGUUCAUAUUUGAAGUGAAAAAGAAGAUCGAGACCGUAGGUCGAGGCCGCUCCAUCCAUCCAUCCAUCCAUCCAUCCAUCCAUCCAUCCAUCCAUUGGUUCGAAGUGAUGGCGGUCCUUCCGCUCCGCGUGCGAACAUUUCGCGCGUUGUGGCGACUGAAGAGCGUCUUCAUCCUGUCGUCGGGCCCCUUGCUCCUGCUGCCGCUCGCUCUCAGCACCAAGGAAGCCGCGUGCGCGUACGUCAUCCUGCUGAUGGCGCUGUUCUGGUGCACGGAGGUUUUGCCGCUGGCCGUGACGGCGCUCCUGCCGACCGUCUUGUUCCCCGUGCUCGGCAUCAUGCGGUCCAAAGAUGUGUGCAUGCAGUACCUGCGCGACAGCAACAUGUUAUUCGUGGGCGGCCUGAUGGUGGCGGUGGCCGUGGAGCACUGGCGUCUCCACAAACGCAUCGCGCUCAAAGUUCUUCUGACGGUCGGCGUCAGGCCCGCUUCGUUAAUGCUGGGCUUCAUGGCCGUGACGGCCUUCCUGUCCAUGUGGAUCAGCAACACGGCCACGGCCGCCAUGAUGGUGCCCAUAGCGCACGCCGUGCUGGAGCAGCUGCAUCCCCGCGAACGCCCGGACGCUUCCGUAAGGGAGCCCGACGCCCCGGCGACGACCGGGGAAAGAACGGAAGAAGGCGAAGCUCCGGCGACCGACCCCGAAGACGCGACGGCCUCGUCGUCGAAGCCGCCCCCGCAAGACGAGCCGCCGUCCGCGGCGAAAGCCCAUUGCGCGCUGGAGGUGGAGGAGAACAAUGAUGAGGACGACGCGGACGGGGAAAGAAGGCGCUUGAGCAAAGGUCUGCUGCUCAGCGUGUGCUACGCCGCCAGCAUCGGCGGCAUCGCCACGCUCACGGGAACCGGACCCAACCUGGUCCUGCUGGGCCAGAUGAACCAGCUAUUCCCGCAGAGCGGCGGCGUGGUCAACUCGGCGUCGUGGUUCGCCUUCGCCUUCCCCACCAUGAUGUCGAUGCUCACGAUGGCCUGGCUUCUGCUGCGGCGAGUCUUCGUCGGAACGAGCCCGGAGCGCGGGUCGGGGCGAGAGGCCGAGGAGCGAGCGGCCCGCGCCGUCAUCGCCGAGGAACACCGGCGGCUGGGCGGCAUGACGUACGGCGAGACCAGCGUGACGGCGCUCUUCCUCCUCAUGGUGGCGCUGUGGUUCACGCGGGAGCCGCGCUUCGUCCACGGCUGGGCCUCGCGCACCUUCAACGCCCGAGCAGAGUACGUGACCGACGCCACGGUCUCCCUGAUGGUGGCGCUCUUGUUGUUCGUCCUGCCGUCCCGGCCUCCCAAAUACCUCUGCUACUGGAAGGAGCAUUCUAAUCCGGAGGGGGAAGCGUCCGGAGGCCCCGCCCCUCCGCUGUUGACGUGGAAGGUAGCGCAGGCCAAGAUUCCCUGGAACAUCGUGCUGUUGCUGGGCGGCGGCUUCGCACUGGCCAAAGGCAGCGAGGAGUCGGGCCUUUCGCGCUGGUUGGGCUCCCAGAUGACACCGCUGGACUCCAUACCUCCUUGGGCCAUCACCGUCGUCCUGUGCCUCCUCACCGCCAUCUUCACGGAGUGCGCGAGCAACGUUGCCACAGCGACGCUCCUACUGCCCGUCCUGGCCUCCAUGUCCCAGUCGAUAAGCGUGAAUCCCUUGUACGUGAUGAUCCCGUGCACUCUGAGCGCCUCCUUCGCCUUCAUGCUGCCGGUGGCCACGCCCCCCAACGCCAUCGUCUUCUCCUCGGGCUUCCUCAAAGUGGCCGACAUGGUCAAAACCGGCGCGGCGAUGAACGUCAUCGGCAUCGCGUGCAUCAGCGUGGCCAUCAACACGUGGGGACGCUUCUUGUUCUCGCUGGACUCCUUUCCCGAGUGGGCCAACGCCACCGCGCCCAUUUAGCCCCGCCCCCUUCACCGCCGACAAACUUCUUUCGUCCGUCUUUGAUAUGCUUAUGUUUUGAUACAAAUGACAGUUUCGUCAAUAAUCUAUUGUUUGAAUUUACUGAGAGAAGAAUUUUAUGAAUGAUUGAACACAUCAAUGUUAUUUUGAAUGUUGACAUGGUUGUUGUCGAUGACCAUUUUGGUUGUUUUUCACUUCAAACGUGACUUGUUGUCUCAAACUUUGUACAUACGUAUACUGUAACAUUCUAACACUUUUGUGAGCUUGGGAAAAAAAAUUCACACAAAAUGCUCUCCAUCGACGAUCCUUUUCAAUGGUGUCUAUUUGAAAGUGGUGGACAGCCUGAUCAUAUUUACUGUAUCUUCCAAAUUGAACUCUUUUUCCCUAGGUAUUUUCCAUAUUGUUGUCAUAAUGCAUUAUGAUCAUCCCGGUGUCGCGUAUAGAGAUUCAGCUAGAUUCACAGCUAAAGAAGAGAACAUUUUUGGAGAGCGAUUGACUGAGCGAACGAGCGAGCUUUUUUGUUUUCUUUUUUAAUUUCAACAAUACAAAGAUACAAACAGAUCAUACAAGACAGACAGCACACUUUUUUUUUAAGUAUGAAAAAAUCAACAAAAAUAAAGGAGGCACAUUGUACGCACCGUCCUACACAUGUCAGAAAUACUAUAAAGGCACUUCAAAUUUCACGUUAAAAGAAAAAACAAACUUCAGGUCAAUUGAAGAAAGCUCGCUGAAAUACUUUUUUUUAAAAUCGCUAUUCGAAUGCUUCAGAGCAUUUACUGUAUAUAAGAAUUUCUGUGCGCAUUUGGAAACCCUCAUUUUGUGUCUCCAAAGAGCAAGAUAAGAUCAACGACAGACAAACUUUAACAUCAAAGUUUGUGACGAUGACUUUUGGAAUGAUAACAAUAGGCCAAGGGCGUAGGUCUGGUCUUAACAAUAUAACAGCAUAACCUGCAUGUACACUUUUUGCUGGGGACGGGACAUUAAGAAGACCAAACAGAUUCAGGGCUACAUUUCUCACAAAUAUGAAGCUAAUAAUUGAUAGGCUAAUGACCAUAGAAAUGAAAUAAAAAUUGGGGACAAAGGGAUAAACCUUGGUUUACUACAUUUCAUACAGAUUAGUUAACGUUAAUAGUAGAAAACACAAAACCACUUCUCUCUAAGCAGCUUCCUACUUGAGUUUUGCAGGUUAGCAAAUUCACAUACUUUAAUGUUAUGUUAUGCUAUGACUGUUACAUGUUAUGAAUCUAAUGCAGGUCGGACUUUCAGUUGGAAAACCAGUGAUGUGUACCCCAAUUCUACAACAUCGACGUAGCUGCUGCCGCUGGCCGAAAACAACUUCGAAUAUCCCUCCUCUCUGAAGGGGGCGGGCUGUGAGUGCAUGUGCGUGUGUGUGGUCGGGGCGGGGUCAAGUCAUCAGCCAAUCAAACGUGUGUUUGAGGGACAACAGUGGCGCCACCCCUAUAAAUUGGUUGGCCACCCCGCUUGCCAGUAUAUUGUUAGAUUGUUGUAGCAUCAAUUAUGGAUUUCAUCCCAAAUGAAUGCAUUUAUUUUGUUUUGUUAAAUGUAGGGCUGUCAAAUUUAUCGCGUUAACGGGCGGUAAUUAUUUUUUUUAAAUGAAUCACGUGAAAACAUUUAUCGCAAUUAACUCAUUCGCGGGACGACUCAUUCACGCAUUGCUGCAAACAGCCUACAAUGGCGCCGUAUUACAUACAUACAGAGAUGAGAGGCAGUGUCACGUGAGUGGAGUAGAUACAAGCAUUCAUUGGGGCAGUGCUUUUAAUUGGCAAAAACUUUGUCAUCUCUCCCACAGCAACUAUAAAUAUUGUAGGAAGCGACGUGGGGAAGAAUGACAGGGAGUUGAUCUUUUUCUUAACACCCUGUAGUGUACCCAACACAGAGAAAAUAUAGCAUUGUUAGUCACCACACACAGUCAUGGUUGCACCACCUCCCAUCAUGCAUUUGGGCAGAACAGUUAAGUCGCUACAGUAUCAGUUACUGAAAGCUCAACAAAUACACUAGCUGGCAAUAUUUAGUCACAAUAUACAAACCCACAUUUAUCCUUUAAGAAUUACAAGUCUUUCUAUCCAUGGAUCCCUUUCACAGAAAGAAUGUUAAUAAUGUGAAUGCCAUCUUGUUGAUUUAUUGUUAUAAUAAAUACGGUACUUAUGUACAGUA